CCCUUGAAGGUAGAAAGGACAGUAUGCAAAAUGGGUACCACAUUUUCAGUUCCAGUCCAAACAAACAUUACGGACACACUCACUCUCUUUGUCUGCGACCCCAAUCUCUCUCUCGUAAUCAUCUGUUGAAGUUUCUCUUCUUCUUCUUCUUCUCGUUCUCUCCCUUUUGUCAAGUCGUUAAGUAGGCCCCCAAUCCAUCCAACUUACUUUAAAAGCUUAAACCCUUCACUCCACUCUGCCACCGCACACUGAGUCACUGAACCCCCCAGGCCAAAACCCGAACUUUAACAAAAAAAGAAAACACUUCUUUUUUCCCCUUUCUGUUCUUUUAAGGAGGCCCAAAAUUUGGAUCCGAAUACCAAAUCCAAACUCACCCCAUUUUUCAUGAAAACGGGUGCUACGAAAUGGAUCCUCCGUUGAUCAAUGAGUUACAUUUUUCAGCCGCCAAUCCUUCAGCUUAUGGCCUUGCUGAGAUUUGGCCUUUUCCAAUCAACCCUGGCUCUGACCCAAAUGUGGCAACUGCAGGGGGAUUGGGGUUCCGAAUGGGUAAUUUGGGCGGCUUUGGGGACACUUCGGGUCACAGAGAUGGGUCUAUGGAGGAAUCUACUGUGACUGAGCAAAGUGUUGGAUAUGGAGCUGGGACAAAAAGGAAGGAUUUGAGCUCUGAAGAUGAGUCUUCCAAGAUUGUUUCUACUACUACUAGUGCAAAUGAAUUGAAUGAUUCAAAUGGAAAACGGAUGAAAAUGUUGGGGACAAAGAAUGAAAAUGCGGGUUCUAAAGCGAAGGUGGAAGCCAAUUCUGCAGCUGGUAGCAAGCCAGGACAGAAUAGUAAACCUGCUGAACCGCCUAAGCAAGACUAUAUUCAUGUCAGAGCCAGGAGGGGUCAAGCUACCGAUAGUCAUAGUCUGGCUGAGAAAGCUAGGAGAGAGAAGAUUAGUGAGAGGAUGAAGAUUCUUCAAGAUUUAGUCCCUGGGUGUAAUAAGAUCAUUGGAAAAGCACUUGUCCUUGAUGAGAUAAUUAAUUAUAUCCAGUCGCUGCAUCGGCAGGUUGAGUUCCUUUCAAUGAAGCUAGAAGCAGUUAAUUCAAGGAUGAACAUGAAUCCUAGCAUUGAAGGCUUUCAUUCAAAGGAUCUUGGUUCACAGCCAUUUGAUGUUGCUGGAAUGAUAUUUGGCUCACAAACAGCAAGGGAAUAUGCUCAAGGAUCACAACCUGAGUGGCUGCAGAUGCAUGUUAUUGGAACUUUUAAAAGGGCGACAUAAUAAUUUGAGAAGCCUGUUGGCAUUCAAAGCAUCAAGAGUAAUCUGGUUGUUGUCUAUAAAUCUCAAAGGGGAAAUUUGUCAUUGGUUACAUCUGUUGCAGAAAUGUGUUUCAUAAAUGCAGACUGUUCUUAAAUUUGUAAUAUCACAUAUAUUGUAGAAAAUGCUUCUAAUCUUUUAUAUGAGAACCCCAUUGUAUCAGUUCUGAAACAAAAUCUUCUGGAGUGCAUUCCGGUUCUCAGGGUUGUGCCAUCUUAAAUGUAUCUAUUUGGAGAUCUUAUCAUGUUGCUUGUGUUGCUUUUGUGUCUUUUUUUCAGAUUCUUUUCAUAUAGUAUCAUCAUUUCGGAGUGUAUAAUUCAAAAAUCAAUGUUUAAGAAUAUAAAAAAGUAAUAAUAAAGAGAAAAAAGAGAACAUACGACACACGAAUAAACACGAUAGGAGACAUGACUAGGCAAUUCCAAGUAGCA